AUGUCUUGCUUGGCAUUCUUUCUGUUACUGUUCCUAUUACCACCUCCCAUUUCUAAGGCCAAGAGCCUCCGCUACCAUGGCCCUGGCUGGAAACUCUUCCGCCGCCUGGGCAAGGGCUCCAAAAGUUCCCAGCAACGCCAGGUUCAACAGAUGAGGCAAAACUGGAGCCAGGGCAAGAGCCCAAUGUCAGAGGACUGCCUUGGUGUUUUCGACCUCUACAUCAUCCUGGACAAGUCAGGCAGUGUGGGCUCAAACUGGAUCCACGUUUAUUCAUUUGCAGAGGAUUUGGUGAAGAAAUUUCAGAACCCUAAAAUGCGGAUUUCCGUCAUUACCUUCUCAACAGACGCUGAAGUUAUCAUACCACUCACCUCAGACAGAGAAGAAAUCCAAAAGGGCCUUCUCACUCUCCUCGAAGAGGUGCCUGACGGAUUCACACACAUGCAGAAAGGAAUUCAUAAGGCCAUAGAGCAGAUCAAAAAGGCCAACUCGGAAGGCAGCAAUGUCAACAGUGUGAUAAUUGCUCUGACUGAUGGGACAUUGAUAGAUAAGCCAUUUAAGCAGACUGUGGAUGAGGCCCAAAAAGCUCGAGAACUUGGAGCCAUCAUUUUCACCGUGGGUGUGCAUGAUUUUGACAAAACACAGAUGGUAGAGAUUGCAGACAGCCCAAGUCACAGUCUCGCGGUCCAAAAAGGGUUCUCUGCUCUGCAGAGCAUCGUUGACACACUUGCUGCCAAGACAUGUAUUGAAGUGUUAUCUGUGCAGCCUUCCUAUGUGUGUAUAAAAGGUGCCUACCAAGUAAACAUUAGCGGACGUGGGUUUAGUAAUGCGAAAGACGUGAGCCAAGUUAUUUGCAGAUUCAUGUUCAAUGAUUCCAGAAUCGUUGAUGAAAGCCCUACUGAUAUGAAUGACAAAAGUAUAUCCUGUCCUGGACCAAGGAUACAGCGUGCUGGAGAGGAAGUCUCUCUUCAGGUCAGUCUGAAUAAUGGCAUCUCCUUCAUUGGGAACAAACUCAUCAUAACCGGUACCAACUGUGGGAGUACCAGGCAUAAGGAAAAGCCGACGCCACCAGAACCAGAGAAGGAUCCAGAAGAGAACAAGUCCCCUCCUUCUAUAUCACCACCGGCUCCUCCCAUCCCUCCUUCAUCUCCAUCACCUGUCAACCCAAGCCCUACUGUGAUCGUUGCCUGCUGUGGCUGUGGAAGCAGAGGCAUCCAGGGAAACCUGGACCCAUGCUGCCGCUGCUUUCACCCAGGUUACCACCAGAUGCCAUUGAUGUGGUGUCAUCCCAAGGUCCAGGGGAGAUGCACCAACUUUGCUCUUGGGAAUCCCAGCUGCACACAUGCCUCCUGCAGCCCAAAGCUUUGCCUUCCUUCCAAUAGAGACUGUCUCCAUCUCACAAAACCUUCAUACUCCUCAAGGAUUGUUAUUCAACCCAGUGGGGAGUGCUUCGGCAUCUCCCAGGCAUCCUGCAGCCCAAAGAUCUGCCUUAAAGCCGGCCAAGAAUGUCUCCCUGUUGCACCGAGCCUGUGCUCAAAAGUGUGCCCACCGAGUCAGAAGUGCUACACUCUCGACUGUUCACAGUCCUCAUACUCAAACAGGUGUAUCCCAUCUCCCUCCAGAAUGCUGCCUCUGCUCCCUCCCCGUGCCCGCCAAUCUGUAGAAACCCUUUGUCAAGCCUACCCUUGUCGUCCAUCCUCUAAAGAACCAAAAUUCUAA